CCAUCAUGGAGCACCGCGGCACCAAGGCCCUGGAGGUGUGGGCGAGGAGAGCCACCGACGGCUACCAGGGGGUCAGCAUCACCAACAUGUCGACCGCCUGGCGCAACGGCCUCGCCUUCUGCGCGCUCAUCCACCGCUUCAGGCCGGACCUUAUUGACUUUGCAUCCUUGAAGCCAGAAAACAUCUUGGAGAACAAUGCUCUGGCCUUUCGUGUUGCUGAGCAGCACCUUGGCAUCCCUGCACUCCUUGAUGCAGAAGACAUGGUGGAGAACGACGUGCCUGACCGGCUGUCGGUGCUCACCUACGUGUCGCAGUUCUACCAGGCCUUCCACAGCAUGGGCCUAACUAGUCCGAAGCGGAUUGUGAACACGACAGCAUCGACACAGUCCGCCCUACCUGGGGUUAACAAGAGCAAACCCCUCCCCACUCCGCAGCCCAAGACAAAGACAGAGAUCAAGACAGAUAAGGUGUUGACAGGUGGACGAGGACGUCGUGAAGUGUGCGUAGGAUGUAACAACCCGGUAUAUCUAGCUGAGCGCCUUUUAGUGGGUUCUCCAGGUCAACUGAUGCAUAGAACAUGUUUCCGUUGUGCCCGAUGCUCAACUCAGCUGACACUUGCCAGUUAUUAUGAGACAGAAAAGAGUCAGUUUUGUUGUGAAACAUGUCCAGAUGAAGAACGCCCAGUUAUACCAGAUGUUGAUUCUACUAGCAUAGCCAGCAGUGCCUCGACUAAGCUCGCCCGCCAGUCAUCUGCCUCGGAUUCAGAAUCUGACUCGGACAGUGAGGACUCUGAUGAAGAAAGUGACAGUUACAGUAAUGAUGCAGAUAGUAUGUUAGAAGACGUAUCCCGUAUUAGCAGCACACAAAAUGAAAUUUCUUCAAGACUGCCCAAACCCAGGACUGUAUUUUUAACAAAGACUUUAGAACAUGAAGACUCAAAGGACAAACCAGAGGAGCCCAAGGAAGACAACACUCAUCUCAGUAGAGCAAGCAACUUUUCCCAAGUCUCCCCUGCACUGUUUGGAUCAAAGGUGAAGGACUCUGGAGUCGAGGGCAAGAGAGACUCCCGUCCAGACCAUUGUGAUAAUGCCAAAGUUCUGAAAACAGACCCACCUGAAAGACUAACCCUUGACACAGGGCAAGGUGACAGGGUUUCGAGUAUUUCCAAUGGCAAAGGGAAGGGUUCCUCUUCCAUUGUUGCCGAACGCUUAAAAUUAUUCAGAGAGAUUGGUGAUAAAACUACAAACGCAGAUAGAGCAAAAAGCAGUAUAGUUUUAAGUUCAAAAGUUAUUUCGGAAAAGAAAGAAAAUGUUCAGAUUAAAGAAAAGGAGAGUGUUCCGAAACAAGAAGAGACGCUUGAUAUUGAUGAGAAAGAUCAAGAUGAAGAUACAAAAGAUAUGUCGAAUGGUAAGGAUGUACAGGUUGAUAAAUUUAUUUCGGACUACUUACAAAAAGAUGAAACGGAAGAUAUGGAGGUUGACUCAAAAACAUAUUCUGAAAAAACAAAAGAAAAUGAUACACCAUCUAUUGUUAUUCCAUCCAUUACAAUGUCAGUGGAAAGCACAGAUGAGAAACUUUUACAAGAAGAUGAUGCUAAGCAGGAUGAAGCUAGACAACCGGCUGCUGAAGAACGAAGCCCAAAACUUUCCCACAGCACAAAUGCUCAAGCCAAGGAAUUUAAUCCAUUUGAAGAUGAGGACGAAUCUCAGCAGGAUGAGAGUGGUGUCGUGGUGAACCAGUCUCAUAGUAGUCCUGCCAUGGACAAAAAUGAUGCCACUUUGGCCUCACAUGACAGUGGGGCCGAUGUCUCUUCUGCUUCCGCGCAAUCCGUCCAGUACCCGAACGAUCUCAAUCCCUUUGGAAGUGAUGAAGAGGAAGAAGAGGAGAAGGAGUCUGAACCAGCAGAAGUAGAAGAAUCUGAAAAACAGACCAAGAAGCUCAUCAAGGCGAAUCUUAAUCCAUUUGGAAGCGAUGAAGAUGAUGUGUCCGAAGAUGAGAGCAAGGCAGUUGAAGAGAAAGAGAAGAGUUUGAAGAAUCUAAAUCCCUUCUGGAGUGAUGAUGAAGAGGAUGAGGAUGAGAAGGAUAAGGUCAACAGUUCAAGUUCAACCCCAACUAAAAACAAGGUUAAGCCCCCAAGACCACCACCUCCAACACUGGCCAGAAAUAGUACUCCAUCCCAAAUGUAUGGGACCCUUAGUGCAAAGAGUAGUCCAUCUUCAGUGGGUGGCACUACCCCAAGCAAGAAAAUCAUUGCCCCUCCGCCCCCAAGCGCAAGAGAACUCUUCCCGCAAGAGCAAGACGUGCCUUUGCACGGUCCUCCCAAGCCCCCAAGGUCCCCGGCUCUGUCCAAGGUGCAUCCCCAUCCCUCCCCCUCCUCUCCUGGCGGCUCUGUGGCUCUCAAGAGGAAGGAUCGAAGGGCACCUGCCCCACCUCAAGCUGCCACCCCGAGAAGUGGCAGGACCUCCCCAACAGAUACCAUUAACAGCGACUCUUUGUCUGUAUCUAGCUUUGGGGCUCAAAGCCAGACGGUGCAAGGGCAGGAGGACCAGGAUGAAGUACUGAGCUGGAAAAUGCAGAAGGACCUGAAGAACCACUCCAACAAGAUGAACGGCACGGCUGACCAGCUUGCUCCCCCCAAGCCAGCCCGAGCCCCGCAAAUUGUCAAGAACUUGGGUGGUGUUGGAGGUCUGGCCAGAAAUCCCUCGAUGAGCAAGAGUGAAGCUGGGGAGUGGCAGCGCAAAAAGGGGCCGGCCCCACCACGCCCUGUCCCCCAGAAGCGUGCCCUCAAGAAGAUGCCCAUGCGGCUGGUCCAGCAAGAACUCCAAGACAUUGAGAUCAAGCAGACAGAGCUGGAGCGUCAAGGUGUCCUGCUUGAGACAGCCAUCCGCAAGAGGACGGAGAGCACCUCCAACAACCCGCAGGAUGAGGUUGCCAAUGCCCCCAACAGUGGGCCAAACAGCAUAGAGGUCGAGGACAUGAUACUGCAACUCUUCGAAUUGGUCAAUGAGAAGAAUGAGCUGUUUCGCCGUCAGACUGAACUUAUGUACCUUAAACGUGAGAAACGUCUUGAAGAGGAGUAUGUUGAGCUGGAGUAUCAGAUUCGAUGUCUUAUGCUGAAGACACCUGGGGAGAAAACAGCUGAAGACACUGCCCAAGAAGAGGACUUGAUUGCCCGAUUGGUGAAAGUGGUGGAGCAGCGUGAUGAAAUUAUCAACUGCCUUGAGCUGGAUAGAUUACGGGAAGCUCAGGAGGACGAAAGCAUUGCUACGCACAUGAUGCAGUACCAAGAAAAACAUAUUGAUGGGAAUGAAAAUGGCAACAGCGUGGUGGAACCUCCAAAGAAGAAGAAAACUCUGAAACUGCCUAAGAAAAAGAAAAAGAAGAAGGAAAAGAAGGAUAAAAAAGGAGCAAAGGGUGAUGCAGAUAAGGACAUAGAUGAGACGGAAGCUAAAGAACAGAAGAAAAAGAAGAAGAAGAAGUGGUUAUUUUGAUUUUUAAUAGUUCGAACUAGUAUUCCAGUUGAUUAAUCCUAAGACUAAUUAAUUUUAUGCCAAGAUUCUUGUGAAAGUAAGAAAAGAAUGGAGAAUAAUUAUGUGGAUGAAGUGGGAGGAGCUGGUGGUCUGUGUUGUUUCAGCGAGUAAUUAUUGAAAUAUUUAUUUUUAUUCUUGAUUGCUUCUAUGAUGAUUUCUUUGAUAUUUCACCAACUCUAUUAACACCCCAUAUUAUCCCACAUGUAUUAUUUAUUUUUCAUUUUGAUUAAUCUAGAAAAUAUAUUUCCUGAGCAGGUUGUCAUUCCCUAAGCUGCGCAAUGUACAAAGUAGCUCAUGCAGUUAUGCUAAACCUGGCACAUUAGCUUCCAGUCAAGCCAACGUACAGUAGUCCGAUCUUGCAAAAUCUUGUUUCCAUGAAUUUUCUGCUAGUUAAAUUUAUCUGUGCUUUCCUGUCACCAGUGUUUAGAAUUUGCAUUUAGAAUCAGAUUGACAGGAAAUGAAUAGUUCUUCACAGUAUAACACAAGUGAUUUAUUAUUAUUAUAAUUUUGUGCAUAAUAGUAGAUGGGAUUAGUAUCAUUUUCAUUUGACUUAAUUUUUUUUCUGUAGCUUGUACUUUAUAUAGAGACUAUUUAUUUGUAAAGGUAAAGAUAGUACAGUUUAUGUAAAUAAGCAUUUAAAGCACAGCUAAAAGAAUAUACUAAUUUUUCUUUAACACAAAGAUUAGCCAUUUUUGCUAGUACUAUAUCAUCCCUGAAGUGUAGAAGGUGCUGUCAAAUCACACGUAAAACACACUACAUUGAUCUGUAACCAAGAAGGAUAAAAGCAAGUAAAGCUGCUUGAUUUUUGCAUUAACAGCGAAAAUGCAACUGAACUAACUGUGCAUGGCUCAAAGAAAACAUUAUGAAUCAUGAUCAUAUAUUUAUAUACGUUGAACUUUUUUUUUCAUGUUCGUUUGGUGAAUGGUGCAAACUUGUACAUCCUGAUGAAAAGUUUUUGGUUGUGGACAAACUUUAAUGUUUUGCUUUUGUAGCAGUUGAUGUGGAUGGGUGCUUUUAGUUUAACAGUAUUGCCAAGAUUUGUUUCAGAAUGCUUUAUCUGUUUUCAGUAGGAAAUGUGCCAAUAUACUCUGUCUGAAUUUCAAAAUUGAUAUACCUGGAAAAUAGAAUUGUUGUUGGCUGCUAUUUUUCUUGAUUAUUUACCGCUUUGGAAUUUCUUAAUUUUCCAUAUAAAAGACUUCCAAAGGUGUUUAAAAAUAGUUAACAAGGUCAAACAAAAAUGUGAAGCUUUGGAAAAAGUAAAUUAUUGAUUGUAACACAUUUUAUUUUUAUAUAUAUAUUAGGUUUCAGAUGUCUAUAAAACAAACAAAAAAAAAAAACUUGUUACUUUUCCUCUGUGAAGCCUUGCCCUGUGGUCACUCAUUCCAUAACAUAUCUUUCAUGUUAAUAUGUUGUCUUAUGUUUAGGUGUAAGAUUGUUCUUAGAUUUUUUUUUUUUUUUCGAUGUAAAUUUUUCCCAUUUUAAUCAAGUGGAUAUGCAUUUUAUGUGAGUAUACGUCAAUAUUUUUUCUUUCCUUUUAUACAUGAAAGUUUUUUUUUUUUCCUGUUUUAAGUGUAAAUGCAUUUGAAUUUCAUAUACUUUAUUAUUAUAUUUUUCUUUUUUUCCAUGAAGUGUCCUUGCAGUUACCUUACCAAGCCUUAAGGUCACAAUAUUCAAGGUGCAGGUAGCUUCCCAAAUGGUACUUGUUCCCGUUACACAUGAAGUGCUGUUCUAGUUCAUUAAGGAAAUAUCGCUCAGAACCAAGUUAGAGUAGAAUAAGAAAUUAAUUUCCUUUUUGUAUAAUUUCUUUUUCAAAAGAGUAUUCUGCCUUGAGAAUUAUUUUAUUUUUAAUUAUGUUUUCACGUGUAUGAAGAAUCUACAGAGUUUUUAAAUUUUGUUUUUUAACAUUUUCUUUUUAAAGAUUAUAUCCUUGGUUGCAACAUAUAUGCAUUAGACUUGUUUUCCUAUCAACUACAGGGGAUGCUGUAUGUAUAAAGAUGUUUUUUUAUAGCUACUGGUUUAAGUAAGUAAAUAAAAUAUAUAAUUUGGUA